GGGAGCACUAUUACGAAAAAAGGUAAGUUGAAAUUUAAUGAGCACUACUACAUAACUUCACAUUCCUUCCUUAACUCACAAGAUUCUCUCUUCGUCUCUUUAUUUUUCUUACUUAUUGUUGUCCUCCCUCUCUCUCUUUCUUUUUGUCUUUUUGGGUUUCCCCAGCCGGGAAGGUUCGUUUCCGAUGAGAAACUCGCCGUCCAAGAACGGUUCAUCGGGAGGGCAUUGUCGUUACUUCAUCGACGCAGUCUGGUCUCCCUUUGUAAAGUCCGGUUUCGGCUCAUCUCCCAACAGAUCAUACGCCCUAGUCUCCCUCAUCAUCCUUCUCGUCGUCGGCGCGUUUGUUUCCACGCGCCUCCUUCUCGACCCUACAGUUCUGAUAGAGAAAGAAGCAGUGGCGGCGACGCCAAAGACUAAAACCCAAACCAAUACGAUAUCCCCAAAGUACCCUCGACCAGCGACAGUAAUUACACAAAACCCAAAACCCCAGUUCACACUACACUGCUCCGCCAACGAAACAACCGGGAAUACAUGUCCGAAAAACAAAGACCCAACGACGGCGAGCUUCAAUGAUGACGAUACAAACCAUCCUCCGACCGCCACGUGUCCGGAUUACUUUCGUUGGAUCCACGAGGAUCUCCGUCCAUGGGCUAGAACGGGAAUCACGAGGGAAGCACUGGAGAGAGCCAAUAAGACGGCGAAUUUCCGGUUAGCGAUCGUCGGCGGGAAGGUUUACGUGGAGAAGUUUCAAGAUGCGUUUCAGACGAGGGACGUGUUCACUAUCUGGGGAUUCUUACAGCUUCUAAGGAAGUACCCUGGGAAGAUCCCAGAUCUUGAGCUUAUGUUUGACUGCGUUGACUGGCCGGUCGUUAGAGCUGCGGAGUUCGCCGGAGUUGACGCGCCGUCGCCUCCACCUCUGUUUCGUUACUGUGGGAAUGAGGAGACGCUUGAUAUUGUGUUUCCUGAUUGGUCGUUCUGGGGGUGGGCGGAAGUGAAUAUAAAGCCAUGGGAGAGUUUGUUGAAGGAACUAAGAGAAGGGAACGAGAAGAUCAAUUGGAUAAACAGAGAGCCUUAUGCUUACUGGAAAGGGAAUCCAGUGGUCGCAGAGACACGACAAGAUCUCAUGAAAUGUAAUGUCUCUGAGGAACACGAGUGGAACGCUCGUUUGUAUGCUCAGGAUUGGAUCAAAGAAUCCAAGGAAGGUUACAAGCAAUCAGACUUAGCGAACCAAUGCCAUCACAGGUACAAGAUAUAUAUAGAAGGCUCGGCGUGGUCGGUGAGCGAGAAGUACAUUUUGGCGUGUGACUCUAUGACUCUGCUGGUGAAACCUCAUUACUAUGAUUUCUUCACACGAGGCCUGCUUCCAGCUCACCAUUAUUGGCCCGUUAGGGAGAAGGACAAGUGCCGCUCCAUCAAGUUCGCCGUUGAUUGGGGAAACUCUCACAUUCAAAAGGCACAAGAUAUUGGAAAGGCUGCGAGCGAAUUCAUCCAACAAGAACUCAAGAUGGAUUAUGUAUAUGAUUACAUGUACCAUCUUUUAAACGAAUACUCAAAACUCCUCCAGUUUAAACCUGAGGUUCCCCCGAAUGCCGUGGAGAUUUGUUCGGAAACAAUGGCGUGCACGAGGAGUGGGAACGAGCGGAAGUUCAUGACAGAAUCACUUGUGAAGCACCCUGCAGAGUCUGGUCCCUGUGCCUUGCCGCCUCCGUAUGAUCCUGUAUCGCUUUACUCGGUUGCGAAGAGGAAACAGAGUACGACUGCGAGAAUCCUACAUAUGGAGAUGAAGUAUUGGAGCAAGCAGAACCAGACCGGUUCUUGAAAGUUUUGGUUGUGUAGAGUAUACCAAAUAACCUACCGGUUUCAACUUGUUUUAUAUCCGGUUCCAUGUUGUUGUAGAUGAUAGAUAUGUUUCAAGUUUAGGAUAUUAACAAGAAAACUCAAAACGAAAAAAAAAACUUCAUAUAAUUACAAUAUAAGGUUUAGAUUA